AUUAAAUUGAAAACAUAAUGCAAUCGAACAAAGGGCAUAAGUUAGAUGAAUUACUCACAUGCUUUAUCUGUCUAUCAAACCUAACAAAUCCUCAUAUAUGUCCAUGUUGCUCAAAAUUAUGCUGUUAUUCUUGUAUUACAAAAUGGUUGACAGAGAAUAGGCAGUGUCCACAUUGUAGAUCCACUUUGAGAAUUUAAUAAUUAGUAAAUUGUAGGUUUUUAGAGGAUAUCGUGGCAUAAAAUGAUCCAUGUCCCCUCCAUAAUGCUCAAUUAUAGUAUUAUUGUGUCACAUGUGCACAUCCUAUUUGUUCUGAGUGUGCAAUGUUUUCUGCACAUAAAAUGCAUGAGUUUGAACAUAUUUAAAAGGUUUUUGACUCAAAAAUCAAAGAUGUAAAAACAAAAAUGGAAAAUGUAUAAGAAAAGUUGAAAAAUCUUAAAAAUUCAGCAGUAAUGAUUGAUGAAUUAAUGGAUGAAUUGAACCGUAGCAAAGACGAGAGGGUUUAAGAGAUCUAAGCAUAUACCGAAUAACUUCUGUAAAAGUUGGAAUAAACACAUACAGCCAGAAUGGGCAAUCUGUAGAUGUAAAGAUAGAGAUUAAAUGAAAAGAUUCUAAUCGCAUCUGCAGAAUUAGAUACCAUAUCAUAACAGAUAAAAGGCUAUUAGAAGAGCAAAACAAUAAUGACAGCACAAGAACUCUUAUAAAGAAUAGAAUCGGUCAAUGUUGAACCUGAGCAAAUUGGCGGUGUGCCUAUGAAUUUCUAAUCAGAAAUAACACCUCAGUAUGUCUGUGAUACUUUUGAAUUAAACUCUUUUAAUCAGAGUGAAGAAAUUGUAUAUUCUGAUCACCUAAUUACUAAUGGAAUAAGAUGGAGACUCAAGAUAUAUCCUCAUGGAAAUGGAAAUGCAAAAAAUAUUUACAUUUCGAUAUUUCUAGAAAUGGAUUCAAAAUAUGCAGAAAUCAGAAGAUAUGAAUAUAAAAUAGAGAUGAUUAACUAAAAAAAUGGUUUAUCUGUAAUUAGAGAAUUUGCGAGUGAUUUUGAAGGAGGAGAAUGUUGGGGAUAUAAUAGAUUCUUUAGAAUCGACCUAUUAUAGAAAGAUGGAUAUUUGGUGAAUGACAAAUUAUUGUUUAAAUAUUAUGUCAGAGCUCCUAAUUAUUACACUCAAUGUUUGGAUAUGCAAAGAUAUAUCAAGCAAUUAGAAUCGUAGGUAAGUAUUUAAUAGACUACCAGAAAAAUAGAAUAGCAAUCAUCAAUUUAAAAAUUAAAAGAAGAAAUAGAAUAAUAUGCAGAGAAAAUUGAAUAAUUAGAAUAAUCAUAACCAAGCAAUACUUCAGAAAUUUAAGAAAGCGAAGACGAUCAUUAAUUAUAGUAAUAAUAGGAUGAAGAAAGCAGUUCAUCCAGCAAUCAUUCAGAUUAUUAUUUUGAUGGAUAAUACUAAGAGAUUCCAAUCUAAUAGGAAAGUUUACCAAUAAGAAGAAAUCUUAUUCAGAAAUUUAAUUAAUCCAGCUUAGUUAACACAUCUUAAAAUCUUAGAAGUCCAUUGUCAGAAUUUAGUGAAAAUUUAUAUUCUUGA